UGUAUGUAUAUACAUAUUCGCAGGGCAAUUCUCGAUCUGAUUGGUCUAAUCACAAUCAAUUCAAACGCAACUUGAUCGAUGUCUGAGUUUUCGUGCAUCGUUGGACUUGAUCGUCUUUUUCUGUACAAUCAUUUCCAAUCAUCAUACCGGAACCAACCAAUCAGUUUCAAUCACUACAAGGAGGUGGAAGAAAUACUCAGUGGUAAUAAGGCAGUAAAUUUCAAAGAACUCAUGCAAGAGAGUAUAGAUGUGGAACCAGAUGACAACAAUGGUUGUGCUGCUAUCUACCCUUCGACGAGCAGCCAAUCCCAAUUCAUUUCAAGCGAUGAGCUUGCAGGACUUUCGACGACUCCGGAGUCUGCAAAAAGAAGGAAAUUAACCCAUGAGCGUUUAGUAGAGAAUUUGGAAAAAACUUCAGAUAUGUUUAAGAAAGAAAUGGAGACCAUGAGAGGGGUGCAAGAAAGAAUGGUGGAACUAACCGAAAAAGCAGUUCUUUCGGAAGAGAAAAGGAAUGAUAUUUUAAAAGAAAUUAGUGAAAAUACGAAAAGUUUUUAUAAAGACGUUAUUAAUUUGUUAAAUGAAAAAUAAAAAUAACAAACUUACAAAAUGAAUUCGCAAUCGCUCUUCUAAUUGUUUCAGGUUCUGCUUCAAAAUCUGCUACAGCAUCUGUGUGCUCGGGCUGUUCCACUUUCGUAAGUGGUUUGUUCUUCUAUCCAUUUGUGGUUGAUG